AUGCUUUUCUUAGUUUUUACAGUGCAGCAUUACUUACAUUUUCUUCCGCUUCCCCUCAGAGUUCCCCUAAGAAGACAUAAAUCUUUGAGGAAGACUUUGAGGGAACGUGGGAAGCUGUCUCAGUUCUGGAAGGCCCACAAGUUGGAUAUGAUCCAGUACACCCAGGACUGUUCGGCUAUCCAGGAAGCCAAUGAGCCACUCCUCAACUAUUUUGAUGUAGAAUAUUUUGGACAGAUCUCCAUCGGGAAUCCUCCUCAGAAUUUCACUGUGCUCUUUGACACAGGUUCCUCCAACCUCUGGGUGCCUUCCGUUUACUGUGUCAGCAAAGCUUGCGCUGCACACUCCAGAUAUCAGCCAUCACAAUCCAACACCUACAGCGAAGUGGGGACUGCUUUUUCCAUUCAAUAUGGCACAGGAAGCUUGACAGGAAUAAUUGGAAUGGAUCAAGUGACGGUUGAAGGAAUCACUGUAGCCAAUCAGCAGUUUGCAGAGAGUGUCAGUGAGCCUGGCAACACUUUUCUGGAUUCAGAAUUUGAUGGGAUCCUUGGUCUGGCCUACCCAUCCCUGGCAGUGGAUGGAGUCACCCCCGUCUUUGAUAAUAUGAUGGCUCAAAACCUGGUGAACUUGCCAGUAUUCUCUGUUUACCUGAACAGGAACCCAGACUCCUCUAUAGGAGGGGAACUGAUCUUUGGUGGCUUUGAUCCUUCCCAUUUUAGUGGAAGCCUCAACUGGAUUCCAGUCACUAAACAGGGAUACUGGCAGAUUCAACUGGAUAAUAUCCAGGUGGGUGGAACAAUUGAAUUUUGUGCGGAAGGAUGCCAAGCUAUAGUGGACACAGGCACCUCUCUCAUCACAGGUCCUUCUGAAGAUAUAAAGCGAAUGCAGACAUUAAUUGGAGCAGUACCUAUGGAUGGGGAGUAUGCCAUGGAAUGCAGCAACCUGAAUGUAAUGCCUACUGUUACUUUCACAAUCAAUGGGAUCCCUUACACUCUUUCCCCAGAGGCCUACACCCUCCAGGAGAAUAGUGAUGGGAUGGCACUCUGCACCAGCGGAUUCCAGGGCUUAGACAUGCAACCCCCAGCUGGACCGCUCUGGAUUCUGGGGGAUGUUUUCAUUGGCCAAUACUACUCUGUCUUUGACCGUGGAAAUAACAGAGUGGGGUUGGCUCCUGCUGUCCUGUAAGGCACUUGGGAAGUAUGGGAGUCAAAGCGCCAGGCUCUAUUACGUUACUUGAAGGUUUUCUUUUCUAUUUUUGAACAAACACUUUGAUCAAUACUAGAUUCAGAUUCUAGUGUCACAAUCACUGAUUGAGCUGUUCGCAUGAGAUUCCCGUCCCCUUCCUUCUCAUGGAACAAAGAGAAAACGAGACUGUGCCCUUAAUUACUUAAAUUGGCAUGCCCGUUUGCUUUGCUGUUGUUCUUCGGAUUUGUUACUGUAAAAGAAAAUGUGGAGGUAGGUAGUUGAUUUUUAACUGGCAGCAUUGUGUUCAUUACAUUGUAAGUUCUUAAAAGUGUUCAUAGCACUUUUUUCAAUAUUUCAGAAGGCACCUUAUAUUAAAGUUUUUACAAUGUGCAAAUGUUUUUAAAUUUAUUCAGAUAAACAAAAGACAGGGGAUUAAUUAACAAUUCUUUAAUCAGCAGAGUCCCCUUAUAAAGUGCUUUCUGUCUUCCUGAAA